AUGUCAAGUGUAACCUGGGACUAUGUGCUGAAGUAUAUCAUUGUUGGGGAUGCUGGUGUUGGGAAGAGCAGCCUGCUGGUGCGUCUCACCGAUAGACGUUUCCUCGCGAACCCUGCACAGCUUGGUGUAGAGUUUGGCAGCAAAUUAAUACGAAUCGAGGACGAGAAUAAGACCAUCAAACUACAGUGUUGGGAUACUGCUGGAACGGAGGCAUUUAGAUCAAUAACAAGGUCUUACUACCGUGGAGCCGCUGGGGCCCUGCUCGUUUUUGACGUGACAUCUCGCCAAAGUUUUACCAAUUGCCGCGUGUGGCUGGCGGACAUUAGAGCCCAUGCAGAUCCGAAUCUAACAUGUCUUUUACUGGCCAACAAGAUUGAUCUUUGCGAUGAAGAUCCAGCACAAGCGAAUGAUGCGUCGAGGAAUGCAUCAAGACUGAAAAGAGAAGUUACAACUGAAGAGGCGGGUCAAUAUGCAAAGGAGGAAGGCUUACUUUUCCUUGAGGCCAGUGCAAAGACAGGACACAAUGUCGAUGAAGCUUUUGACCAAGCCGCGCGGGACAUACUGAAAAAGAUUCAGGCCGGCGUUUUCGAUGACCGAAAGCCAUUCUCUCAGAGCCGUGGGCCAAAACCGGCACGGACAAAUGACCCCAACCAACUGGUUCUGGAAAGGGAGCAGUCAAAGCAAGGCACUUGUUGCAGUUGA